AUGUCUCAAUCUUAUCAAAUUCCAAUGGAAAAAAAAAUUGACAAUAAAACCACACACUUAACACAAAGGUCGGAUUCCGUUUCUGUUACUAUGGUGUCUGCUACACCGCCAAAUUCCUCGACUAAACCUAUUCAACAACUUCCUACCUCCACCUUAAGUCACCUUGAAAAUAUUUUCGAGGCUGUGAAAAAACAGGUUUCAAUUUGGGGAGAACGUGCUAGAUGGAAAAUUGAUUUGGUUUUAUUACCUGCUGAAGAUGAUGAGGAUAUAGAAAAUUCAAGUCAAGUUGUUGGAGGAUUAUUAAACCAACAGUCUGGUUUACAUACUCCUACAAGCGAUAAUGCAGGUGAUACUUCGACACCUGCUCAUAUAACAAAUGGCCAGUUACAAUUAACAUCACAACAAUCAACAACACAACUACCAAUGCAGUCACAGCUACCACAGGUUCAAUUUUAUGCACAGGCUGAAAAUGUAAGGGUUGAAAGUUCCAUGCGUUAUAUAUUAGAUGAUGAUACUAUAGAAAAAUUGGACAUCGAGACUGCAAAACAUAUGCUAAAAGAUGCAAUACUACAUAUUCGUGCCUAUGAAUCAACAUUAAAUCGCGUAUCUUAUGAAGCAGAAUCAAAAAUAAAAGAGGCACAGGCAAGGGCCAAAAAAGCAAAUGAACAUAUUGAGAGCAUGGCAAAAUUUCAUUCGAUAAGAGAAAAAGAAAAGGCCAGUAAACAUUCUGUAGAACUUAAGAUAUUACAAGAAGAUGUUAAGAUUCUAAGUCGAAAAUACAAAGAAACUAACGUACAAUUAGCUGAUGUUAAAGAAAAAUAUGCUAGCAUGCAAGAACAAGAAGCUCGUAGAGAGGCACAACCUUCUCUGUUACAAUACUCGACAACAUCAAAUACUACGGAAGUAGUUGGAAAGAUUGUUGAAUAUGUUCCUCAGCAACAGACGAAUGGAUAUUUAACUUACAAUUUCCCACACGUACAAAAGAUGCCCUCACAUCAUUCACAACAAUAUAUACAAAACCAGCAUCAGCAACUAAACCCUCCUCCUGCUAAUUCAUCAUCUCCCUCAGUACAAUAUUCAAAUGGAUUACCAAUUAUUCCAUCAGUAUAUGCUUCACAACAACAGGAUCCAAAUCGUAGAAAUUUCCCCCCAUAUCAAAUACCACAAGCACUUCAAAAUAAUCCAUCGCAGUAUCCUCCCUAUCUUUCAAAUAAUCGAUCCGUAUUUCCUUCGUAUUCUUUUCCACGGCAGCACCAAGAUAUUCGUCAAAAUCAGUCAAUUACUUAUCCAACGCAGUUAAAUAAUCCUUCUAUUCCAUCUCAACCAAGGGUUGUGCCUACAUACGCUCCUAUACAACCAAACAUUCCUGCUACUCACACCACAUCUACGACAGUUCCAGCAUAUACUACAACUCAAAGGUUGGAACGUAGCGGUUUAGAUAAUCUUUCAUUGGCCGCAGAAUUGAUAUUAUCUUCAGCCAUUUCGUCACUUCCAACAUCUACCUUGACACCGAAACAACAAGAUAAUCAACAAAAAACUCCUAGUAGAGAAGUGUCAUCCUCAUCGGAUUGUUCAACAGUUUCAAUGGAAACACCAAUAAAUAUUACAACCGCUUCAACAGCAGAUACUCUAAUUGCUGAAAAUCCGAUUAAUAUUAAUAAUAAUGAUAUAUCAGCACCAUCGACACCGCCGCCUAGAUUUAACGCAAGAAUCACCGAUUCGUCAAAGAAUAUCGACACCCCUGAUACGAUAACGGCUAUUGCAGAUGACGAUACAUAUCAGAGUACACCGAUCGAUGCAGAUGGACAUUCUGUGCAGACCUUAUCACCUUCUACUAGAGUAGAUGAAGAAGAUAAUCACAGUGAUCAUUUAUCAAGUGUUGAUGAAUUUAUGGAUGGUAUGGAUGAAGGGAAUCUUCAAAUUAUAAAAGAAUGUAAAUCUGAUAUUAAAAUCGAUGUGGUAACGGAAGAUAAUAUUGUAACGACUUCUAAUCGCGAAGAAUCCGAGGAAGAAUCAAAUGGACCGCCAAAGAAAAAACGACGUCUAUCAAAUGUAAAACGCGGCCCACCUGUACAAAUUUUUUAA